CAGUUGUUCAGCGGCUGUCAAAGUGAACGAAACAAGCGAAAAGUGAAUUCUUCUGUUUUCUGUGUACUAAGAUCCAACAAAAUGUUUAAGCAAAUCUGUGCUCUACUGCUAAUUGCAUUGUGUCUAAUGCACCAGGGCGCUGAUGCCAUCAAGUGCUAUCAAUGCAAAUCUCUGACCGAUAGAAAUUGUGCCUUGGACAAAAUUGAUGCCACAUCGAAUGUGAGGCAAGUGGAUUGCGAGAGCGUGCCCAAACCGGCGACUAUGGAACAAUUGCAACCAGUGACCCGUUGCAAUAAGGUGGUGACCAGCGAUGCUGCCGGAGUAAUUGUGUCACGUGACUGUCACUUUGAGACCAUCGGGCAGAAGGACAAUGUCUGCACAGUGUCCCACAGCCGUCAGGUGGAUAAGUGUUUCACCUGCAAGGGAGACUUGUGCAACGCCUCAGGUGCGGCCACCAGCUAUUUGGCUUGGAGUGCUGCUGCCACCGUUCUGCUGGCCAUGAUGGGAUGGCAGCAAAUCGCAUACUAAUUGAAAAUUCCAAUAAAUUGUAAAUUAUCAAA